AUGGCAAAGAGGAAGAGCUGGUUUGGAUGGGUGAAAAGCCUAUUCAUUUCUGAGUCUAAGGGAAAAAACCAAAAGAAAUGGGGAUGGAGAUUAGGAAGGAUUAAACAGAAGCAGUACCCUACAAUUACAGCUUCGAAAAGGACAUUGAUUGAAGCAAAUGCAGAACAGAGAAAGCAUGCUUUAGCUGUGGCUAUUGCAACAGCAUCUGCUGCAGAGGCUGCAAUUGCUGCUGCACAUGCUGCUGCUGAGGUUGUCAAGCUCACAGGUGGUGCCUCUCGUUCCUAUUCAUAUCUCUCCAAGGGAGACAGAAGUUUGGCUGCCGUCAAGAUUCAAAGCGUUUAUCGUGCACAUCUCGCUAGGAAAGCAUUAAGAGCAUUGAAGGGAGUUAUAAGACUACAGGCCAUAAUUCGCGGCCAAGCUGUUAGGCGUCAAGUGAUCAGAUCUUUGAAGAAUGUUCCCUCAAAUGCAAAAAUUCAGAAGGAAAACCAGGACAGAAGCAGCCGUACUGAAGAAGAAACCUACAAAAAUGGUCUGAUAAAACAGUUUCCAAAGGAAAAGAAAAAGAUAGAAGAGAAUGACCUCAAGGCUGAAUGCUAUAGUCAAAGAACAUGGAAUUGUAGCUCACACUCAAGAGAAGACAUUGAAGCUAUAUGGUUAAGAAAGCAAGAGGCUAUUGUCAAAAGAGACCGCAUGAGACAAUACUCUUCACAAAAGGAGAGAACAUUUUCUCAAAAGGUGGAAGAAUUUGGAGGAGAUAGCUGCCGUACUUUAGGAGAGUGGUUACAUAAAGAAAUAAGUGAUUGGGAUGUUCUUUAUAAACCAUCUCAUCUUUCAAAUAUCACACUAAAAAAUGAAGUGCAAGAAGAAUUGAGUUCAAAAAUUUCAGUCCAAAGAAAAUCAUUUUCUCAUGUAAAAAGAAGUUCAAUUGGAGAUGAGAGUUCCAUGCCAAAUUUUCCUGUUUUUCCUAAAUACAUGUCUUUGACUGAAUCUAGCAAAGCAAAAGUAAGGUCUAUGAGCACACCAAGGCUAAGAGCAGGAUUUUUGGAUAUGUGUUCCUAUCAGAAUGAGCACCAAUGCAUGAAUUUCUGA